GCAGGCACCGGGCCCCCGGGCGGAGCAGCAGGCACCGGGCCCCCGGGCGGAGCAGCAGGCACCGGGCCCCCGGGCGGAGCAGCAGGCACGGGCCCCCCGGGGGGGCGACAGGCACCGGGCCCCCAGGCGGGGCGACGGGCACCGGGCCCCCAGGCGGGGCAACGGGCACCGGGCCCCCAGGCGGGGCGGGACGGACGGGCAUCGUGCCCCCAGGCGGGGCGACGGGCAUCGUGCCCCCAGGCGGGGCGACGGGCGCCGGACCUCCAGAUGGAGCGACAGGUCUCGGGCCCUCAGGCGGAGCGGCGGGCGCCGGACCCCCAGGAGGAGCGACAGGUCUCGGGCCCCUCAGGCGGGAGCGGCGGGCGCCGGACCCCCAGGUGGAGCGACAGGUCUCGGGCCCUCAGGCGGAGCGACGGGCGCCGGACCCCCAGGCGGAGCGACAGGUCUCGGGCCCUCAGGCGGAGCGGCGGGGCGCCGGACCCCCAGGAGGAGCGACAGCGGGCACCGCGUCAUCUGGCAAGGCAGUGGGCUCCGAGUCAA